AUCAAAUAUAAAUAGGAGAGCGGACGAUAUAAAACAAGCCGAAACUCACCUGCUGGUUUAUGUGAUUAAGGAGAGACCAUGGAAGAUGAGCUUCACCGGGCUGGCUCCUCGGACCUGUCCAUGCUCUGUAGCCAGGAGAGCUGGUCCUUCCCAGACCUGGAGAAGGCGUUCAUCCAGGACCACAGCCUGUCCAUCUCGGCUCUGUCCGGCCUGGCUCCCCGCUCGGAGAUCGUAGUCGAGUAUGUGGAAGGGCAUGCUGGGAUGCUUGCUCCCCAAAACCGCUCGCCGGCCCUCCUGUCGCCUUCCCCCAUGCUCCUGAACGUCUCCCUCGCGGCCCGUCAGCCGGGGGUCACCUCCGCUCCCUUGAACAGCAAGUCUUCCACUCCCUGCGAGGGACAGUACCCCAAAAAGCCCACGCUGCAGAGCUCCCCCGAGCUGUCGGGCUCCGACCUCUCUGUGCUACCACCGGCCGCCCAGCCCGCUUGGGAGAUCUCCCUGAUCAGAGGCAUCCAGGACAGCCCGCAGUCCCCCCUGGAGUCCAGCCUGCUGGAUGUGGCCGAAUCCACCUGGAGCCCUGCCCUGAAGUCGGCCCCCUGUUCCUUUCACGAGGGCUUGAACUUGCCCUGGGGUGGCCUCCCUAACCAGGCCAACCUCAGCACUGAUCUCCACAGGUCCUGGAAGGAGUCGACCACUCUAGGGUAUGGCCACGCCCCCUCUCUCGCCUUGCCCUUCACCGAGGACCAGUGGCAGAGGUACAUUUCCACCACGUCCUCUGGUGCAGAAAGCAAAGAUCCUGGCCUGAGCGGCUAACCAGUUGCAGAAAUCUGUGCAGGGCUUGAAGGGGAGCACUGUUUAUCGAUUCAAAAGUACCGUUUAAUGUUAAUGAUGCUUUUUCACUUGGGGCUACCCAUCAACUAUACUACACUUCAGGCUGUGAAGUGUAAGGAGAUAUGAAUGUAUUGGGGAAGGAUAAUGUUGUCAGAUUUGAAAUGUUUAUAGAGUUAACUUAUUUCAAGCGUUAAAUAAAGUGACUUCAAAUAUG